AUGUUCGACGACUCGGACAGUGCGUCAUCUGAAGAUGAUAACUUCAGCUCAUACAGUGAGUUUCCUUCAGAAGACCAAGAGUCACCAACGCUACCUCCCAAGAAGAUAUAUCAGAACUUCUCGAUGAGCGGGUCUAAAGAGAGUGAGGAGGUUCUUCUAAGGUUGGAGAUGUUGUCGCUAAAUCUUGCGGUAGGGCAACGAUACGAGAGUAAAGCCAAUUUGGAGAGACGACUGAAACUUCUUACAGUGAAGGAUCUAUUUGAUUAUGAUGUAGACAUAUCAACCCGAACAUUAUUCAUUGUUAAGUGUUGGAUUGAUGGAUAUAUUCUAGGAGAGUUGUACAAGAACUUUCUCGGUGACGUUGGUCCGGCCGUUCACCCUAAGAGUGUUGGAAUAGCUAUCACUAAGCAGUUCGGUGUAAAGAUGGAGUAUUGGAAAUCCUACCGGACGCUGAAAUUUGCAAGGGAAAUCGAUCAGGGAACACCUGAGAGUGGGUUUGAACGCUUACCUUCUUACUUAUACAUGCUAAUAAGGGAAAAUCCGAGUACAGUUGCGCGUUUUCAAAUCGAUGAGAAUGGAAAAUUCAUGUAUGUGUUUCUUGCGUUUGGUGCGAGCGUAAACGGGUUUCCUUUCAUGCGCAAAGUUGUGGUUGUCGACGGUACGUUUCUUAAUGGUAGAUAUAAAGGGACGCUUCUCACGGCACUGAUUCAGGAUGGUAACUUUCAGAUUUUUCCGAUAGCCUUCGCAGUGGUUGACACUGAAAAUGAUGAUUCCUGGCAGUGGUUUUUUAUGCAACUAAAACUUUUGAUUCCUGACGACGAGGGUCUUGCGAUAAUCUCGGAUAGGCAUAACUCGAUUGGGAAAGCAAUUACAAAUGUGUAUCCGCUUGCUUCUCGUGUAAUUUGCACGUACCAUCUAUAUAAGAAUAUACAGGGACGGUACAAAGGAAAAGAUGCAUUUCGUCUGGUGAAGAAAGCGGCGAGAUGUUUUAGGAUGUCUGAGUUUACUCAGAUUUUCGAGCAGAUUGAAGCGAUUAAUCUAGCAAUCCACGGCUACCUCCAAAGGGCUGAUGUCCGACUGUGGACGCGUGUUCAUUUCCCGGGCGAGAGGUACAAUUUGAUGACUACGAAAAUAGCGGAAUCAAUGAACAGAGCAUUGUCGAAUGCUAGAGGUCUUAACAUUGUUCGAAUAUUAGAAUUGAUACGGAGAGAGGAUGCCAGAUCGCAGCGAACCACGCUUACGCGUGGUGUGGAGAAACUACUACAUCUAAGUAAGCCUUUAAGAGAAUUAGGUCGUGUAACUGCCGCCAGAGAUUUGACGGUACAGAGGAUUGAUGAUCAUCACACUGAAGUUAAAUAUGGAUCUUCCGACGAGUCUUUGCAUGUUGUUAAUUUGGUAGAGCGAAAGUGCACGUGUCGCUGUUUCGAACUCGAGAAAUUACCAUGUGUACACGCAAUUGCAGCGGCGGAGUACAUGAAUGUUUCUCGUAUAUCCCUGUGCAGUCUUUACUAUACCAGCAAUUAUUUUGUUAGCGCAUACGCUGAAUCGGUCAUGCCGGUUGAUUCAGCGCAACCUGUUCCAGAAAUCGUGGCUAACGAACCCUGCUUACCCCAGACUGUACGUCAACCACCAGGCAGACUGAAGAAAAAUAUGAUGAAAUCUGCUUUAGAAGUUGCAUAUCAAACAAACGUCCUAGGAAAGAGCACACAUGUUCUCGAUGUAGACAGAGUGGUCAUAAUGCGAAAACUUGUCCGAUGUAGGCAAGUGUUGUAG